GAGCGUAUAUAACUGCAGUUUAAUUUAGAACCUCCACAGAUUUCGGGUGAAGAAAUCUUUCAUUUCACUGCGAUUUGACCUAAAAGGUUUCAUUAAAAAUAUCAAGCUCUCUUAACUGAUGAUGACGAACAAUGGGCGAAAAAAACGGCGAUGAAUUAGAACUCCGAGCACUAGUAAAUCAGACUGAAAACGAACAGAACAAUUAUGGAAUCAGUAGGAAAAAAAGUGAAGACUCAAGCACAGACAAAGGAGAUGAAUUUUACGCAUUUUGGAGAAAAGCGGCCAUUUGUGUUUCGUGUGCUUCUAUCAUUUUGACCACAGGAUUUGGAGGAACAUUUUUCGUUUUCUCUCAAAUUGCUGGUAGUCCUGCGGCCUUUGGAUUUUCCCUUGCAGCCGUGUUAGACUCUUUCAGUUCAGCAGUAGUUCUUUGGAGAUUUUCCUUCAAAGAAAGCCGAAAGGAUUCAAACUCGUUGGAACGAGAACGAAGGGCAUGUUUAGCGAUAGCCAUAUGUUUUAUCCUCUCAGCAUUUGCCAUAGCAGCAAAAACCAUCUUCACCUUACUGAAGGACAAAAUACCAACCAAGGAGUUUUUGAUGGAGAUGUUGUCAGGUAGCAGCUUGGUUUACCUGGUAUUUCUGACGGCUUUCAAAUGUAUAAUAGCAGAAAAACUCGAGAGCCGAGCAAUGAGGAUAGAUGCGAUUAAUUCUUUGGCUGGUGCUAUUAUGACCCUCGGUAUGGUGGCUAGUGAUGUGGUCUGUUCAAACAACCCGAAAAUCUGUUACCUGGACUCUGUCACUGCGAUUUUGAUAGCUGUAGCGCUCUUCAGUUAUGGUGUCAUGACCAUCACAGACCUGAAAACAGGCAAGGAGAAGAAACCACCGCGUGACUGGCGCUGUCAAUUUCUUUCUCUCUUUAACUGUGUGCUGUUUUUCGUGUUAAUUAUCAUCAAUCGCGUGCAAUUUCGUCUUAAUACGUACUUGUAGAUUCUUCUCGUGCAAUUUUCUUGUUUUUGAAAAAUUUACCCGUGUUUAUUUAUACCAAAUUAGAGCUGUUUGACAGCUGUGUUUGUUGUGAACUGGUAAUGGACAAGCGCAUGGUUCUGAAAUACAAAUGUUUUGGGUAGUUUAAAAACUGUCUGUUUAACCCUGACUACGGGAGAAGGAAAUAAUAUCAACUUUCAAACGAAAACAUUACAGGUCUGUCAACGUAAAUA